AUGUACGAUUUCCAAUGUUGGGUCUGCUUUGACCUCUAUACAGAGCCAAUCACUCUGUUCUGCUCUCAUUCAUUCUGCAAGCAAUGUUUGCUCAAGUCAUCACAGGUGGAGUUGAAGUGUCCAUUCUGUAGACAAGAGUUCGCAUUGCCAUUGCCACCCAUCAACAUACCUCUUCAAAACAAGAUACUCAAGCUCAAGGGUAUUGAAGUUCCAGAUGAUGUUCCUAUGGUUGACAACAACAACAAUAACAAUGUACCAACAAAGCAGCCUGAGCCUGUAGUCGAUCACAUGGUCAUUGAUGAUUACAAGAUGGAUGCAAGACCAGCGGACUUCCAAUAUUUGCUCAAUCUGCCAAUGAUCGUAUACAUGGACAUCUUCCACUACUUCAACGCCAAAGAGAUCUGCUCUUUGGGUAACGUGUGCAAGGACUUCAACAGAAUAUCCAAUGACUCAUGGUUGUGGAAAUACAAGUUGUACCAAUACUCAUCAUUCUGUGACCCAGAGAGAUACAACAAUAACUACAAACAAUGCUACAAGUCAUACUUUACAGCUUCAAAGGCUAUGGCUAAGGGUGUACCAGGUACAUUCAAGAUGACUGCCUUGCGUGGACAUACAGGCAGGAUAACAUGUUUCGAUCACAUGAACAACACUUUGGUCUCGGGCAGUGCAGACAACACCGCCAAGGUCUGGGAUCUGAAGGAGGGCAAGGCAGUGUUGACACUGACCGGCCACACCGACCCAAUCACCUGCAUACAAAUGAACUCGUUCAAUGUUGCCACGGGUUCACGCGAUGCCACCGUCCUCUUGUGGGACUUGGAGACUGGAAAGGCAAGCACCACACUCGUGCGUCCAGGUGCCAGUGAGCCUGUCAACGCGCUUUGCUUCAACCCUGCCAACCAUGACCAGCUGGUCAACUCGAUCGGAUACUCUGUCAACCUGUUCGACUGCAGCACAGCGAAGCUCACCAACACUAUCAAUGCACAUGGCCUGCCCGGUCGUGUGUCUUUCGACCCACUGGGCAACCUUGUCACCAGCACGUCGGAGAACCUGUUCGUGUGGGACAUGAGGAAACUGUCGUCGCCCCUCUACCGCCUUCCCCCAACAGCACUCUACCACGCCACUACCGAGCAGUACGUCUCAGUCAGAGGCACACAGGUGCGUCGUCACAGCACCGCCACUGGCGCGUUACUCGAGGAGUUUGUGCUGCCACCCAACAUCGCGCCAACAACCGGCAUCUUCCCUGGCCCACCUGGCAUGCCAGCUCCACCUCCAAUCACCAUCUUGCCACACCCACUCCCAAUGCCCACCGUCCCUCCCAUGCAAACGGCCACCUCUCCCGUUCGUUGCCUGACCGCCACCAACAGCGAGAUAGUGUUUGCCAUUGGCAACAACGUGUACUCAUACAAGGAUGGCCAGUACAAGACAUUCGCCAACCACACCGGCCUCGUCAACUGUCUGCACGUUGACGACAAGAAGAUCAUCUCUGGUUCACUGGACAACACCAUCAAGGUGUGGGACAAGACCUCUGGCAACAGACUAUACUCACUCCUGGGAGGUUCCAAUGUUGUUCGCAACGGUGAAGAGCCACCCACUGGUUGCAUUGACCUCCGCUCUGACCAAGGACGUGUCAUUGGUUCCUUUGACAACCUACUUCGUGUCUACAACUUCAAGAUGUAG